UAAAUGUUUCCGUACGAACUCGAAAUAGCUAUAUUCAAGUGUAACAAAUUAAUAUUAACUGAAAUUGAUUGUGUUUCUAUUUCGUGCAGGGCUCAAGUAGUCCGAUACGUCGUUCCGGUAUUUUAACUUGAACAUACUGUGUAAUGAAUGAAUGACUUCAGUGCUCUAUCAAUUAAAGUUGAAAUUGUAUUAUUUUCUAUUUCCUCCGUAGAUUAAUUAGAUCUUAUAUGGGACCGGAACGUUUAAAUUAAUGUAUGUUUACUAAACCAAAUUUGUUUCAUUGGAUGGAAUAUGUCUAUGGCUGCUAAUUAAAUAUUUAAAUGAGACCAGAAAACCUCGAAUCCCCGCUGCCUGCUCGCGACACAAAGAACAGUGUUUACAUUAUGAAUGAUCAGACAUUUCACACACCAUCAUUUGGCGACGAAGAGUUUGACAUUCCUCUGAUUCAUGGGCAGCAUGCCGGCAACACUGCCGUGCAAAACUCUCACAUACAGUAUACGCAGUUACACCAUUCAGCCCCCCAGGUUGGUAUGAUGAACCCGGCACAAGAUGGCUUAGCACCACCAGGCGGAGCUCCUUCCUAUCAACAGCCUCUAUACUUACAAGAGCCCCACACACCAGUCACAUCCCAUAGAUCUGCAUGGAAACACACAGACAAUGUCAUGAUUAAAAUUGGAGCAGGUGCACCAGCUGGUAAUUAUAUGAUCCAGCAGCAACCUGGAGGUCAGCAGAGGUUGCUGAUGAUGCAACCAACACACGUCAUGAGCGGCCCACCAACACCCAGUACCCCCACACAGGCAACUGCCCCUGUUUAUGGUUCACCACAGAGAGCAUCACCUCCGGGCACUACCAGUGAUGACUCUGAUGAUAGUGUGCCUUCACAUCACUCACAGUUGCCUGGUGAUGCGGAAAGCCUUCUGCCUAUCCAUUAUUGCUCAGCGAGCCGGCAGCAACAAACUACGCUUCAUCAGGUAAGUGUUAGCAACAUGGCUGUGAAAAGGUCGUCUCCCGAACCCAUGGACAAUGGUAUGAAUCGUGGGCAAAUGCAAAAAAAGCCGAAAGUUCAGAAAAAGAAGAAAAAACGAGAUCCUAAUGAACCUCAAAAGCCUGUAUCUGCAUACGCGUUAUUCUUUCGCGACACUCAAGCAGCAAUAAAAGGACAAAACCCAAAUGCAAGUUUUGGUGAAGUGUCGAAAAUUGUAGCGUCUAUGUGGGACGGAUUAGACUCAGAACAUAAAAGUGUUUAUAAACAAAAAACUGAAGUAGCCAAGAAAGAAUACCUCAAAGCACUAGCUGCCUACAGAGCCAGUCUAGUGUCUAAGGGAGGAGAGCAGGAGAAUCCUGCUAUGUAUAAUCAUACCAAUAGUGCCAAUCCAUCUUAUGGUAAUUAUUACCAAGGUCAAACAUAUGGCAAUGGUCAUUCACCACAAAAUUAUGUACCAAAUCAAGCACCACAGGGCUACUCACCACAGAACUACAGUGGUCCGCAGUCUCAAGCAACCUACCCUGCGCAGACACCACAGGGCUACCCACCAAACCCACAACAGUCGCCACAGAGUUAUCAAGGCAGUAUGACUCUUUCACCUCAAACUUACCAACAGGGUGUACCAGCACAGUCACCACAAGGAUACCAAGUGAACCCAUCUACUUCACCUCAAGCUUGCCAGCCUAAUCUUGCCCAAUCACCUAGGAACUAUCAGCCUGCCCAGUCACCCAACAACUACAAUGCUAACUCUGCCUUAUCACCGCCUGGGUACCGACAAGUGCAGUCCCAGUCACCGCCUAUGGGUUCAGUGCAUGCUGCGAUGCAGUACCAUCAUUCUCAGCAGCAUAUGCAACAAACACAUCAACAAAUGCAACAAGCACAUCAGGUGCAACAGUACCAGCAGCAGCAGCAGCAGCAAAUGCAGCAUCAGCAACAACAACAACAACAGCAGCAACAGCAGCAGCAGCAGCAACAACAGCAACAGCAGCAGCAACAACAGCAGCAGCAACAACAACAACAACAACAACAACAACAGCAGCAGCAGCAGCAACAACAACAGCAGCAACAGCAGCCCCAACAGCCGGGCCAGAAUCAAAUCUCAAAACCUGAACAACAUUCCAAUGGCAAUGGGAACUCUGGUGUUCCUCAGCAGACAUCUGAUCAGAAUGAAAACCGAAGUACACCCUCAUGCAUCAGGCAGGGGUGCACUAACCCAGCCAUAGCAAACAGUGAAUGGGAGGAUGAAUACUGCUCUAAUGAAUGUGUUGUCAGUCACUGCAGAGACGUCUUCAGUUCGUGGGUGGCUUCAAAUAACAGUAACCAAAUUCAAAAUUUUUCUGCAGUCAAAUAAACGACAAGCGUAAUAUAGGUACAUAUCAAAUUUGAAAUUUAUAAUUCCACUUUAGUAUGAACUUCCAAUGUAUGAAUCUGUACUCUAUAAGAAUCCUGAAUUUAUGGUUUAAGCAUACUAUUAUUUUUUAUUAUGUGAAUC